AUGGCGUCCUCGAGCACGAGCUCGAUGCCAUACCGCACGCCCUCGCGGCAGCAAUCGAGACAGAUGUCCGUCGACCCGCGUGAGGAGCUCGUCCCCGAGAAGAACCACUACAUCGGAAUCGAUGUGGGUACCGGUAGCGCUCGAGCAUGUAUAAUGAACGACAAGGGCGACAUCGUCGGUCUGGCUAGCGAGAACAUUGGCCUCUGGCAGCCAGAGACCGGCUACUACGUCAGUUCGCCUGUUCCGCGUAGUUCACUUAGACAUGAGAGCUGAUGAGACCUCAGGAGCAAUCCACCACCAACAUCUGGCGAUGCAUCAGCACCUCUGUGCAGCGUGCCAUGUCCCAGCACAACAUCGACCCAAGCUCCAUUCGCGGAAUUGGUUUUGAUGCCACAUGCUCCCUCGCUGUAUUCCGCGAAGACACCGACGAGCCUCAGGCUGUGACCGGACCCAAGUUCGACAACCACGACGGCAACGACCGCAAUGUUAUUCUGUGGCUAGACCACAGACCCGUCGAGGAGACGAAGAAGAUCAACGCCACCAACCACAACCUGCUGAGAUAUGUUGGAGGACAGAUGAGCAUUGAGAUGGAGAUUCCAAAGGUUCUCUGGCUCAAGAACAACAUGCCGAAGGAGGUGUUUGAGAAGUGCAAGUUUUACGACUUGACGGACGCUCUCACCCACAUUGCAACCGGUAGCGAGACCCGAAGCUUCUGCAGUGUUGUGUGCAAGCAGGGCUACGUUCCAGUCGGUGUGGAUGGCAGUGUGAAGGGCUGGCAGGAGGACUUCUUGACCGACAUCGGCUUGCCAGAGCUCUGCGAGGACAACUUCAAGCGUAUGGGAGGCGUCAACGGGGUGGUACAACCUUCAAUUUGCUUUUGUUCACUUGGAUAGCACGCUGACCGCUGUUUAGAACGGACGUUACCUCACAGCUGGUGAGCUGAUUGGAACACUCUCCGAGAAGGCUGCAACCGAUCUUGGUCUGCCAGCUGGCAUCGCCAUUGGCAGCGGAGUCAUCGAUGCAUACGCCGGAUGGAUUGGUACGGUUGGUGCCAAGGUCAACCUCACUGGCAACACUAUCGACGCAGGCGCUCCCAAGAACGAUGUUUCUCAAGCCUUCUCUCGCCUCGCUGCAGUUGCAGGUACCUCGACCUGCCACCUGGCUAUGUCCAAGGGUCCAGUGUUUGUCAACGGUGUCUGGGGACCGUACCGAGACGUGCUCAUCCCGGAUUACUGGUUGGCAGAAGGUGGCCAGUCUGCCACCGGUGAGCUGCUGAAGCACGUCGUGGAGACUCAUCCGGCUUUCCAGGAGGCCAUGUCGCUCGCCGAGUCCUUCAACGCGAACAUCUACGACUACCUCAACGAGCAUCUCGCCGAGAUGCAGACCAAGAUCGGUGCUCCCGCCAUAUCCUACCUCGGUCGUCACUUCUUCUUCUACGGUGACCUUUUCGGCAACCGCUCGCCUGUUGCAGACCCCGACAUGAAGGGAUCCGUGAUCGGUCUCUCGAGUGACAAGACCAUGGACGGUUUGGCGCUCUACUACUACGCGACGAUGGAGUUCAUCGCGCUGCAGACCCACCAGAUCAUCGAGCAGAUGAACAAGUCCGGUCAUGUCAUCAGCAGCAUCUUCAUGUCCGGCUCUCAGUGCCAGAACCCAGUGCUCAUGUCUCUGAUGGCCACUGCUUGCGACAUGCCAGUCCUCAUCCCUCGAUACGUCCACGCAGCUGUUGUCCACGGAGCAGCUAUGCUUGGUGCUAAGGCUGCUAGUACCGACAAGGAGGGCAAGAGCGAGCCGUUGUGGGACAUCAUGGACCGCAUGAGCAAGCCUGGCAAGGCUAUCUACCCGAACAAGGACGAGGGCGAGAAGAAGCUGUUGCAGGCCAAGUACAAGGUGUUCCUCGAGCAGUGCGAGCAGCAGAGGACAUACCGCAAGAACAUCGACGAGGCCAUCUCUGACUGGAAACGAUGA